AGGAGAAAAGGAUUUAACGGAGGCACACACCACCGCUUCUCUCCUCUCUCUCUCUCUCACUCCUCACACCGCUUCUAGGGUUUUAGCUUUUGCCGCCCCUUCCUUCUUCUUCCUCAACCUCUCGCUCUUCCUCUCUGAAAUUCCGCCUCUCUCAGAAUGAGCAGCGACGACAACAACAUCAACAUGACCGAUCUCGCCGCCGCUUUGAAGGAUUCCAACCAGGAAGGAAUCCUCAACGCUCUCAAGGUCAGUAGCCUCGAGACUGGUGGUCAGCAUGUGGAGGAAGUCCUGAGAGGUUUAUCUCCUAAUGUCAGGAAGCGUGUUGAUUUCCUUAGGGAAAUCCAGAGCCAACAUGAUGAGUUGGAGACCAAGUUUUUUGAGGAGCGAGCUGCUUUGGAAGCUAAGUAUCAGAAGCUGUACCAACCUUUGUACAACAAGCGUUACGAGAUUGUAACUGGUGCUGUUGAAGCUGAAGGAGUCACUACUGAAGCAUCCACAAAUGAAGAGGAUGCUGAAGACAAAGGAGUGCCUGAUUUCUGGCUGAAUGCCUUGAAAAACAAUGAUGUGCUCUCUGAGGAGAUAACAGAGCGUGAUGAAGGUGCUCUAAAAUAUCUGAAGGACAUCAAGUGGUCUAGGAUAGAAAACCCCAAGGGAUUCAAACUCGACUUCUACUUCAACACUAAUCCCUAUUUUAAGAACACCAUCUUGACAAAGACGUAUCACAUGAUUGAUGAAGAUGAACCUAUUCUUGAGAAGGCAAUUGGAACCGAGAUUGAGUGGUAUCCGGGCAAGUGCUUGACACAGAAGAUCCUUAAGAAGAAGCCUAAGAAGGGAACAAAGAACAGUAAGCCAAUCACAAAAACUGAAGAUUGUGAGAGUUUCUUUAACUUUUUUAGUCCACCACAAGUUCCUGAAGAGGAUGAAGAUAUUGAUGAAGAUGCUGCUGAGGAACUCCAGAAUCAGAUGGAACAAGAUUAUGAUGUUGGGUCCACUAUCCGGGAUAAGAUCAUCCCACAUGCGGUCUCCUGGUUUACUGGAGAGGCUAUCCAGGAUGACGAUAUAGACAUGGAUGACGAUGAUGAUGAAGAUGAAGAUGAUGAUGACCUGGACGAUGAGGAAGAUGAGGAAGAUGAGGAUGAGGACGAUGAGGAAGAUGAAGGCCAAGCCAAAAAGAAGGGAUCAGGUCAGAAGGGUGCGAGAGCACAACUCGGUGAUGGUCAACAGGGUGAGAGGCCUCCAGAGUGCAAACAGCAGUAGAUGAAUCUGAUUGAUGCAGAAAGUGAGUAGCUGAGUGGGAGUUCAUUGGCUUCAAGACUGUUGUGGAAAAAGGAUUGUUGGGCAGUUUUGCAUGGUGUUGGUCAUUCAAUAUAUAAUUUUACCGUAUGUUCUUAUGGGUGAUAGUGGGAGUCUUUAUUUUGGUUUUCCUUUGUUUUCUCAUUUUUUUAGGGACACAGUAUGAGGUUUGUUGAAUCAUGUUGGUAUUUCAUGGACAAGGUUUUAAGUUGGUUAUUAAUGAUGUGUAAUUUUUGGUCC